UACAUAUCCUACGUUUGUCCUUCGUCCUGGCUGGCUUUGCACGAGUUUACUGACCACCUUAAUUAGUCCAACAUCUAACCCACAUUCGGGUGCCAAAAGACCCAAAAAUACAUUCUUAAACUUGACCGCCAUUCAAAUUAUUCAGUACGCGAAAAUAUCGCGCGACUAUGGCAGGCGUUAAAUACGAUAAAAUGUCAAAUAAAAUGUACUUUUGGAAUGAGAACAGGCCGAAGCAGGAAAGUGAAGAGAGCAGUGACUAUUACCUAAAGUAUGAUCAGCAGAAGCCGGAGAAUCUGAUACCGAAAGCUCAGGAAAAGUGCACGAAGUACGGCGUUGAGGAUCAAGAGGAUAGCUCGCAGAGAGGAGGCUGGAAUAACCAGUUGGAUUUCCUGUUCUCGUGCAUUAGUUUGUCGGUGGGAUUAGGAAACGUGUGGCGAUUUCCUUACUUGUGUUACAAGAAUGGCGGAGGCGCAUUUCUCGUCACCUAUUCCAUAGCCAUGCUCUUCUGCGGUAUCCCGAUGUUCUUUCAAGAAGUGGCGAUCGGCCAGUACUUGGGAGCUGGAGGAAUGACCUUCGUCGGUCAAUUGUGCCCGAUAUUCAAGGGCGUCGGUUACGCAACGAUGACCAUCGUCUUCCUGCUGGACGUCUACUAUUGUAUCAUCAUCGCGUGGACCUUGUUCUAUCUGAUAAGCACGUUUGCGGUCCUUCCAGAAUUACCAUGGUCCAAUUGCGAUAACAGAUGGAACACGAAAGAUUGCUUCGAUAAUUUUUCCAUCUCGAACACCAAUAAAACCAUCCUGAGGAAAUCGACAUCACCGGUCGAAGAAUAUUUCGAUCACAAGGUCUUAGGUAUUUCUACCGGAAUCGAGGACAUCGGAGGCCUUCAAUGGGCCCUCUUCGCCUGUCUCGUCAUCGGCUGGAUCUUGAUCUAUGCCAUCAUCAGGAAAGGAUUACAUCAGAGUGGUAAAAUCAUCUGGUUUUCAGCGAUAUUUCCCUACGUGGUCCUUCUGAUCCUGCUGGCAAGGGCUGUGACGUUGGAGGGCGCCGGAGAUGGUUUACUUUACUACAUAACUCCCAGAUGGGAAGAGUUGCUGAGCCCUGUACCAUGGAUGGAUGGCGCCACGCAGAUAUUCUUCGCUUACAGCAUAGGUUGCGGCGCCCUUCCAGCCCUCGGAUCCUACAACAAGUUUCAUCAUAACUGCUAUAAAGAUGCGGUCAUUACGUGCAUCAUAAACACGUUCACAUCACUGUUGGCAGGAUGCGUGACCUUCUCGAUUCUGGGGCACAUAGCGCUCGAGCACGACGCCGGUGUUGGGGAUGUGGUUAAGAAUGGUCCCGGUCUCGUCUUCCUCACGUACCCGGAAGUCGUCCUUAAACUUCCUGGCGCUCCGCUUUGGGCCGGAAUUUUCUUUAUGAUGCUAAUCGUAAGUGACGCACCUAAGGACAAUUUUUAAAUCUUUAUAUAUAUGUGGACCAUGAGUCCUUAAAGUUUGCAUCGACCUCAGAAACUUAUGGAAUAGAUUACAUCUACCACGAUCACAG